CGCCGGAGCGCAGGCGCAGCCUUCAAUCGCGGGCCGCCUGGGUGGGCCAUCGGCUGGGCAGCGUACGGCCUUUUUGUUUCCGGUGUGCGCGAGGCCCGCCACCCCCGCGGCCCCUGCCUGCCUGCCUCAUCCCAGCGAACCACCACCCGGCACGCCAUCCGCCGAGCCGCCCCCGAAGGGACUCGCCCGUAGCACUCGUCGCCGACGCCGUCGCCGUCGCCGUCGCCCUCCGCCUCCGGCCCCGGCGCGGAGCGUAGGAGGAUCGUCCGCGCGCGGGACUGGUGCCGCUCGGUGAAAAAAAUCACUCAGAGUCUAAGCUAUUCAGAUAUUUCUAGGGAUGUUGGCUCAUGGUCUAGCGACCGACCCCUCGAGGACUUUGCGAUGUCCAGCUACUUCAAGGGUAUCGACCGCACCCUUGGGACUUGUCUCUUCGCUGAGUUUCAACAAAGGAUGCAAGGAAAAGAACAAAAUCUUCAUCAAUGCGGAUAGGUACACAAAGUACGGCACUCCUUUCUGUUAUGCACAGAGAAAUGCCAGAAUCGUACCUCUGGCAACUGCAUCGUUUGGGGACAUGGCUGAUUCUUCGACUCCCAUCUUUCCUAGAAUCCAUGUGAAGGAUCCAUAUCAGCGUCUUGGAAUCAGCAGGGAAGCAUCUGAAGAAGAGAUUCGAGCUGCCAGGAACUAUCUGAUAAGCAAGUAUGCAGGCCAUAAGCCGAGUGUUGAUGCAAUUGAGUCUGCCCAUGACAGGAUUAUUAUGCAGAGUUUCUUUGAUAGGAAAAAACCAAAAAUGGACCUCAACAAAAAACUUAGAGAACUUAGUCAGUCACGUGCAGUCAAGGCUAUUCGAGGCAGAUUUCAAACACCACGUAGCAAAGUCAUUUGGCAGACAGCAAUUACUUUUAUCUUACUUGGAGCGCUUACCAUUGCUUUUCCUACUGAAGAAGGGCCAACCCUUCAGGUGGCCAUCUCUUGUGCAGCAAAUAUCUAUUUCAUUUAUCAGAGGGUCAGAAGUGGAUGGCGAGCAUUCUUUUAUGGGUUUGGAUCUUUCUUUGCUUCGUGGUUCCUUGGCACCUUCUUGAUGGUAUCUGUAAUUCCACCAAUACUGUCAGGUCCGAGAAACUUGGAAGUGAGCACGGCAUGUGUUACAUAUGCCCUCCUUUUCAUCUCAUCAACCUUCCUGAAGUAAGAGAGUCAUCAGCAUGGUAUCCUACUUCUGAUAACUCCACAAUCAUCUGGUCCUUCACUGUUUCUUCCCAGAGUUGCAAAUACUUGUUCUUUGGCGAGUUGAUAGCGGUUGUCAGGUUGUAAUUUGAGAUGCAAAACUGUUUCGCCCUGCCCCUUCCUUAAGCAGUUAACCUCCUGUAGGCAUUUUUGGUCGGUGUAUUAAACAAGGUUUGGUUUUGGAUUAGAUCACACGAGAAGAUAGUAUCCAUCCGAAUUGAAA